AACAAAUAAAGAAAAAGAUUGCUUCUAACCCCGCCCUUCUCUCUCUCUAAGUCGUGCCGAUAUAAAUACUAAAUAGCCGGGCUCCGGAGUUAUAACCUCGCUUUGCUGACAUUAGAUGGGAGGAUUUAGGAAUUCCGUAAUUUUUUAACAGAAGGAUAGCGAGAGAGAGAGAGAGAUAGAGGGUAGAACGUGUGGACUCUUUCUGUCUGUCAAAUAGCAAUCUGAGAAAACAUGGCUGCUUCUUCCAACCAUCCUAAAAUGAAAGGUGAAUUAAGAAUAAGUGACAGUAUGGAUGAACUUGCCACUCAUUUGGUGGAGUACAUUGCUCAGCUAUCUGAAAAUUCAGUAAAGGAGAAGGCUUGCUUCACUAUUGCUGUGUCUGGAAGGUCCCUCAUUGACUUAAUAGGGAAACUCUGUGAAGUUCCUUAUAUCAGGACUGUUGAUUGGAGAAACUGGUAUUUCUUCUGGGCUGAUGAGCGUGGAGUGGCAAAGGAUCACGUUGACAGCAAUUAUAAGCUAACGAAGGAUGGGUUUCUUUCCAGGGUGCCUGUGCCCAGCAAGCAUAUCAUCUCCAUCAAUGACAACAUCUCGAUUGGGGAGGCUGCAUUGCGGUAUGAAUUUGACAUUCGCCAGCUGGUAAAGGCUCAUAUAAUCAAUGUUGAUGUGCAUGCUGACUGUCCCAAGUUUGAUCUUAUUCUCCUUGAGAUGGGUGCCGAUGGGCAUGUGGCCUCACUAUUCCCUAAAAACGAGGCCCUUCGAGAGAAGACAAAUUGGGUUGUCUACAUUAUCGAUUCCCCGGAGCACCCACCUGAGAGGAUCACUUUUACACUUCCGGUGAUCAACUCGGCAUGCAAUGUGGUGAUUGUAGCAACAGGUGAAGAUAAGGCUGAUGCAGUGCACCAGGCAGUUCCUGUCAGUGAGGAGGCGGGUGACAGCUUUGAUGUAACUUCAUCACCUGCUCAUAUGGUUAAUCCAACAGAUGGCAACUUGGUGUGGUUCUUGGAUGCUGCAGCUGCCUCAAAGCUUUGUCCUGGGGAUGAUGGUCCAAAAUAGUCUGACCGAAUGCAGUUGGUGAUGAUGGUCCAAAGAAGUCUGACUGAAUGCAGUUGGUGAUCACCUUUUGCAAUGUUUGAGCAUUUUUGUGUGAUAGGUAUGGGAAUUCACGGAUGUUCUUUUACUCUGUCCCUCGACUCUUUUUGCUCCUGUGGUUGUUGGGGGAAUUUUGAUUUGUAUGGCCUGCAAGAAUAGGGGAUUAAUAUAUGGCCCAUGGGAUGGGGCUUUUAAAGCCUCCUUGCGCUAAGAAACUGACAGGAAUAUGAUGUAAAGAGAGAUUGAAAGCAAGCAGGUUUUGUGAUAGAACCGAGAGUGACCAAUUUUUUCCAACAUGUUGAGGGACGGCACAUUUUGGAUUUUUUGCUCACCUCUGUGCAAGAUUGUGAAUUUUUGUGAUACAAGUCAUUGCCAGGUUGGUUUGGAAAAGAUGAACUGCUGCAGUUCUUAUUGGUUGCGAUAGAUUAAUCUUGACAUACAUGGUGUUGCACAUUCGCAUAUUAAUUAUAUGGCACUUUAACAACACGUACCCAUAGAUUUUCAUAUCAGAACCUUUCUUGCAAGAGCAUCAAUAGAGGGUCAUGAAUGGUUAUGCUGGCUCUGGUUCAAGAGUUUGUGGUCUGCUGCAACGUUCAAAUCAUAUCUUUGGGUGUUUGAAAUUGAACAGACCACUUCAUUUAUGAAUUAUAAUGCUAAAAGACGCGUAAGAUAUAAAAAAAAGGUGCUGAUGAACAUAUUUAAUGCAGAAUGCAUGUUGUUGUUUAAGUUAACAUUUACAUCAUGACACGAAUUCCAAACACUUAUGGUACCUCCAUGCUGUUAGUAUAGCUCCUUUUGAGUUCCUGCCACCGUUACUAUCAACUCAGGAAAUUCAAAAUCCCAGUGAAGCCUCUCGUAAAUGCCCAUGAUAAGCCGGACUGGAAGACGUUGAUCCAGAGGAAAAAAAAAAAA